AAAUCUCAUGGUGAUGAUUUGGUGUUGAUUGAUAUGACUGAUAAGAUGCAAGUCAAGUUUGAUAAAUACUGGGGCGAUUUUGAUAAUAUAAAUAUUUUAUUAUUUAUCGCUGUUGUAUUGGAUCCCCGGUACAAGAUGAGGUAUAUGAAGUUCAUUUUUGCCAAUGCUUAUGGUAGUUUGGUGGGAAAUUUGAGAUCGGAGAAAGUGAUGAAUACUUUAACUCGUUUGUAUCAACAUUACCAAGAUUCUUCUUCUAAGACUUCUGAUAUUAAUUUGGGAGGUCAAUUUAACAUGUUGACUGAAAGUGAUAGUGGCGAGAUAUGUCAAUCACAAUGGGAAAAAUAUUUGCAAGAGGAAGAUAAUGUUGGAAAUAAGAAUGAUCUUGAGAGGUACUUGAUAGAUGAUAUGGAGUUAACCAAAGAUUUGAAUAUCAUGGCUUGGUGGAAAGAUGCAAGCAAAAGGUCAACUCCCAAAGAAUACAACAUUGAAGAUAUUCUAGAGGAAAUUCAAAAACUUGAAAUAGUUGAAAAAGGUAAUUUUAUACCUUUAACUCUUUGUGAAUAUGUUUAAGUUUCUGAAUUCAUUUAAUGUUAAUAUUUCAAUUCUUUUCUUUCAGAAUAUCCCGAUGAUGUUUUGAGCAUUGAUUAGCUCAAAUGA